GAUUCUUUCCGGCGGAAAAGUUGCCUUGAAGUUGUCCGGGGAAGCCGCCGGCGUGGCUGCCCGAAGGGGAGAGGAGGGAUCUGGUGACCAUUGAGGAGGUAUCUUUCAUUUCACUAGGGAGAAGCAGCCUCUGCUGGAUCUGGACCAGGAGGUCAUGGAGGACAAUAGCCAGGAUGUGGCCUCUCUGGAAAGACUCCUGCUUCUCAAACCUGAUUCCUUAUCCACAGUGGAAGAAGCAGAAAAUCCAUGUUUCCAAGACCCAGAAGAAGGAACGAGAUCAGCAGAGGUUGAAGGUCCCCAGAAUAAGUCGGAGAGAGAACCACAACAGUUUCUUUUGGAAGAAAAAGAGCAGAGAAGAAACACUGGAGCAGAAUGGAAGAGGGGAAAUGAAUCCUUUUCUUCUCAGAAUGCUGAAUCUCAGGUCUUUGAUAUACCAUGGAAAAUCCGCUCAGGGGAGAAACCAUAUAAAUGCUUGGACUGUGGAAAGAGCUUUGCUCGGAGUGUCAGCUUUACUGCCCACCGAUGUAUCCGCUCAGGGGAGAAACCAUAUAAGUGCUUGGAGUGUGGAAAGAGCUUUGUUUGGAGCACCCAUCUUACCGCCCAUUGGCAUACACACACAGGGGAGAAACCAUAUAAAUGCUUGGAGUGUGGGAAGAGCUUUGCUCUGAAUAACUAUCUUAUUGCCCAUCAACGAAUCCACUCAGGUGAGAAGCGAUAUAAAUGCUUGGAGUGUGGGAAGUGUUUUGCUCUGAGUAACUACCUUACUGCUCAUCAACAAAUCCACUUGGGCGAGAAACCGUAUAAAUGCUUGGAGUGCGGAAAGAGCUUUGCUCGGAUUUACAACCUUACUGCCCAUCAACGAAUGCACACAGGAGAGAAACCAUAUAAAUGUUUGGAGUGUGGAAAAAGUUUUGCUUCAAAAGGAGCAUUUACUGGUCAUGAACGAAUCCACACAGGGGAGAAACCAUAUAAAUGCUUGGAGUGUGGAAAAAGCUUUGUUCGGAGUGACAACCUUACAGCCCACAGACGAAUUCACACAAGGGAGAAACCAUAUAAAUGCUUGGAGAGUGGAAAGCAUUUUGCUCAGAGUAAAGACCUUACUACCCAGCAACAAACCCAAACAAAAGAGAAAUUGUAUAAAUGUUUGGACUGUGGAAAGAACUUUGUUCACAGUACUAGUGUUAAAGUCCAUCGACGCAUCCACACAGGUGAGAAACCAUAUAAAUGUUCUGAUUGUGGAAAGAGUUUUGCUCGGAGUGACAACUUUACUGCCCAUCGACGAAUUCACACAGGGGAGAAACCAUAUAAAUGCUUGGAGUGUGGAAAGUGCUUUGCUCGGAGUGACAACCUUAGUGCCCAUCGACAAAUCCACACAGCAGAGAAACCGUAUAAAUGCUUGGACUGUGGAAAGAGCUUUGUUCGGAGUGCCCAUCUUACUGCCCAUUGGCAUAUGCACACAGGAGAGAAACCAUUUAAGUGCUUGGAGUGUGGGAAGAGCUUUGUUCGGAGUGACACACUUACUGCACAUAGACGAGUCCAUACAGGAGAGAAACCGUGUAAAUGCUAGGGGUGGGAAAAGAGUUUUCCAUGGGAGCAAGACCUUACUGACCUUUAAUGAAUCCACACAGAGGAGAAACCAUACCAAUACUUGGAGUAUGAAAAGAGCUUGGAAGGAAGACCUUUGGGGAGUUGGACUGCGGAAAAAGCUAUGUUUAGAAUUGCACCCUCGCUAGUCAUUGCUAUCACACACUGGAGAGAAACUGUAGAAAUGUUUGGAGUGUGGGAAAACCCUUGCUCAGAAGGAACAACUUGUGGAAGACCAAAGAAUCCACACAGUAGAAAUGGAAUAAAUGCUUGGAGUGUAGAAAGA